AUGACUUCCAGAACAGAUAUCAGCGACGAUGAAACACUUCGUCAAAAGAUUCAAGAUCCGAAACCGAAACAACGGUCGCUAGUCAAUCUCAUCUUCGACAAUACACGAAUCGACCAGGCUGUCGAGAACCACCAAUAUCCAGGAUGUGGCACAUUCGAAGACCCCUUUGUCGUGAACUGGAUCCCAGACGACACAGGGAAUCCCCUCAAUUGGGAUAAGUGGUUGAAGUGGGCUAUUACCAUGGUCUCUGCUGCCACUUGUUUCGCUGUUGCUUUUAGCUCCAGUGCAUACACAGGUACCAUCAUGCAGCUCAUGAUCCAUUUCCAAGCAAGCCAAACUCUUGUAACCGCAGGUGUCUCAUUAUAUGUCCUCGGCUUCGCUGUCGGACCACUCCUCUGGGCACCUCUCUGCGAAAUCUGGGGCCGACAAGUCAUCUUUGUCAUCAGCUACGGCAUACCUGAUGAGCGUGCUAUUGCUAUGGCCUUUUUCUCUUUGGCCCCGUCAUUUGGCCCGACCUUGGGCCCAUUCAUUGGAGGAUACCUUGCUGACGCUCACGGGUGGCGAUGGGUCAUGGGAUUGAUGGCUAUCAUCGCCGGUGCUUUCUGGAUCCUCGACAUGUGUUGCGCCCCCGAAACCUACGCACCUUAUAUCCUCAGUAACCGCGCCGCCGUCUUGUCGAAAAAGACAGGCAAGGUGUACAUUUCCAUCUACGAACACCAAGGCAAAGCAGAUCCACCGAAUGUCGUUCUCAAAAAGGCCCUCGUCCGACCAUGGCUUCUACUCUUCCUCGAACCGGUCGUUCUUAUCCUCUCGACAUACAUUGCUAUCAUAUUCGGCACACUUUACAUGCUUUUUGGCGCGUAUCCUGUCGUCUUUCAAAUAGAGAGGGGUUGGAGUGCUGGCAAGGGAGGACUCGCAUUCCUUGGUGUUGCAGUUGGCAUGAUCGGAGCUAUACCUGUCAUUGGACUCGUCAAUAUCUGGUACAUGAAGCAAGCCGCAAAGCACAAAGGAGAGCCAGUCCCUCCGGAAUACCGUCUUCCUGGAUGCAUGAUUGGAGGCAUCUGCGUACCGGCAGGAAUGUUUUGGUUCGCUUGGACAUCGUACCCUGACGUGCAUUGGAUGGCACCAGUAGCAGCCGGAGUCCCCUUCGGUCUCGGUAUGGCUCUGGUGUUCAACAGUGUCUUCAACUAUCUCAUCGACUCGUACACCAUCUACGCUGCUUCAGUCCUUGCAUCAAACGCCGUGCUGCGAUCGAUGUUUGGCGCAGCAUUUCCAUUAUUCACAAAACAAAUGUACGACAAGUUGGGCACACAGUGGGCAAGCUCAGUUCCUGCUUUCCUUUCCCUUGCAUGUUUACCUAUGCCCUUUAUUUUCUACAAAUACGGUCCUGCGAUUCGACAGCGUUGCAAAUAUUCUGCAAAGGCGGCUCAAGCCACGGCGAUGGCUGCCAAGGCACAGUAAACUAAAAUGGUGGCAUGGGUUUCUUAGUACCAAAUUAUAGAUUAAUACCUGGAUUUACGAAAUGGAGUUUGGGAUAGAUGCACGGGGUUUCAUUAAAUAUAAUUCAUAUCUAUAGAUCAUACAUGGCCAUGAGCUUCAU